CAUCAAAUUGAGUACUCCAAAGACGCUCUGGCCCGGAAGAAGAAGAACAAUAACGGAACUGGUUCCAGCUUAUGUUCUUCACUUCAGGCCUUGCUAGGUGUGCCUAUUAACAUGGCGGUGAUCCAACGACUGAGCUGGCUCCCUCGCUUGGACCGGGGCUGCUGGUGCUGCCCUCUGGAGACGUUCUGUUUGGUCUUUGGGUACUUUUCUGUGGUGACGAGCCUGGUCGUUAUGGUGGUGAUGUUAGUGGCCAUCUCAAUCGGUACUCCUUACGAUUGGGGCUUCCUGAUCGUCGCUAGAGUGAUUUUGGCCAUGACUUUCGAGGGCUUUAUCUGCUUCGUGCUCUCUGUCAUCUGUAUCAUGGGAGUACAUCAGAGACGCCAGUCCAAUCUGAUGCCCUUCGUCAUCUUCCUGCACUUGCGCGCGGUUGUGGCCAUCCAUCUAGCCAUCUGGGUGGGGACCGAGGUGCCAGUGGUGACGCUUCCGGGGACGCUGCCUCUUGUUGGCUUCAUCAUCUACCCUCUGCUGUGCGUUAACAGUCUCCGUAUCAAGUUUGCCGAGGAGGACUUGGAGCGCGCUUGCAUGUCGGUUCCUAGCGCACCUGGCAAGAACAACAUUGACCAUAACCUGGACAACAACCGCGCCCACUGCGUCUGAUCGUGAAAGAAGCUGUUGUUUGUCUACUGCGCAGUCCCAUCGUCAAGAACUUUUCCUUCGGCUAGCACUUGUUUAGAUGGAGCGAGAAAAUUUCCAUUUGUUAUGAAGCUUCUCAGAUAUUACUUUAAUUUCCUGUGCACACGGAUGCUUUACAUUUCUUUGUCGAGAUUCGUGUCUCAUUCUCAGCAGUAGCUUUUUAAAACAAUUGUGUGCACCUACAGAAGCCAUCAACAAGAUAUCAUUGUGCUUCUUUUGUUGUGGGUAGUCUCCAACUGUAGUUUGAUAUUAAACAUGUUCUUAUGCAUCCUUC